GCAUAGAACUGACAGUCUUGUUGAAAACUCGACAAAGAAGCUAUCUCAAUGAUACUUGUACAGAAACUUUGAUACUCAAUUGUGCAUCGUGUUUCAAAACAAAAAAAAAAAAGAACGAACGGUGUGUAAGUGAACUUAUAGUUUUCAAUGACUAUUCGAAUGAAAAAUUGACUUUUCGCGGUAUACGCCAAAAGAAAUUUGUAGAAAAACUUUUUUCCCUUUGUGCAACACGAGAGAUAUAUUUCAUCAUAUACAAUAGAUCAAAAAUAACAACUCAAGACAGCGAUAUACCAAUAACAAAUAAUUGUACCAUCAUUUUAGUUUUAUAUCAUGGCUCUAACUUUAGAAUCGUGUACUUUGGAAGAAAAGUGUUCGUUUCUAGGGAGAAAAUAUGAGGAAUUAGAGGAACUGAGAGAAAAAUUAAAGGACUGGGUCAAAGCACAUUUACAUCUUCCUCAAGAGAUUCCAGAUACAACCCUAGAGUGCUUUUUACUGAAUACAAAAAUGAGCCUGGAGCAAGCAAAACAAAAACUAGACAUGUACUAUUCUAUCAGACGUUUGGUGCCUGAACUUUUCACAAAUAGAGACCCCGUGGGAUCUGGCAUAUCUGAUGUCCUCCAAAUUGUAAAAUGGGUCGCACUACCAAAGUUAACACUCGAAAAAUACAGAGUCAGCAUUCUGAAAACUAUGGACUCUGAUGAUGUAAUAUACAACCCUUGGGAGAUGUUUAAGUAUUCUUUUAUGGUUGGCGACGUACGCAUUUCGGAGUGUCGCAGCCUGGGAGACAUCUACAUUUACGACCUAUCAGGAGUGCGACUGGGUCGCCUCGCCAAACUUACGCCAACAAUACUAAAAAAGUGUGAAGUAACUGCCAGAAAAGCCUACGCAGCGAAAAUUGUUGGGAUCCACUUUAUUAAUGCGCCAAAUUUUGUCGAUCGUUUGGUGAAUCUAGUAAAGUCGUCCAUAAAACCAAAACUAGCAGAAAGGGUCCAUGUACAUUCGACUUACGAAUCUCUUUACGAAUUCAUACCAAAAUCUAUUUUGCCUGCUGAUUAUGGUGGCGAGGAAAUGCAAGUAGAUGAUCUUGCAAAAAUGUGGCAAGACAAAUUAGUGGAUUUGCGAGACUGGUUUAUAAAGGAAGAACAAGUUCUCACAGAUGAGGCCCUCAGAGCUGAACCAAUGAUAAAUCCUGAUGAUCUUUUUGGAACUUAUGGCUCAUUUAGAAAAUUAGAUGUCGAUUAAUUAAAGCACAAACUAAGAGAAUUGUUAACACUAAAGAAUAAACCAAAAGGUAAUCUAGAUAUUAGGAAAACAAGUAAAUAAAUUUAAAGCAAUAUUCACCAAUCAGGGUUGCGACAAAAAUUAAAUUUUCUUUCUCCCAGACUUUUUCCUGACUGAUUUUGACUUUCUUUCCUGAUUUUAAAAACUAUUCU